AUGGAGGGACCGUCCUCUUCGUCGGUGCCGACGGCUUCUGAUGCACCAUCCAAGUAUUUGUUGCCUUCUGAUAGUGACGAUGGCAUCGCUACGUCUUCUGCAGCAAAUGUAGGUGCCAGGAACCACGUGACGAAUACAGAGAAGAUGGAAAAGGAGAAGAAGCCGUCGCCGAUGGUGCUCAACGUGGAUCCAGAUUACGAUUACGACGAGGAAGAUGGUGGCUCCUGCGAAGAAGAUCAACGUGGUCCUCCAGCUCCGAUCAGCCGAGAAAUCGUUGAUGGAGCGAUUGCAAGACGGUCCAGAGAUCGACAAAUUUCUCCUGGAGUGAAAAUGUCCAUUGGAAACUAUGACGAUAUGGAGGACGACGACGAGGAAGCGGAGACUCCAGAAGAACAAAAACAGCGAUUUCUAGCGUCAAUGAAGAGAAUUAGGAAUCAGCCACAAGAAGCGUUCGAUCCUCCCGAAGACACUGAAGCAAUGCGUGAAUUCAUCAAUCGACAAGUGAACGAUGCCAUGAUGUUCAAUAGAGAUAAUCACAUCGAUUAUUCGCCAGUGAACAAACCAAAGGAAGCGAAAAUCAUUGAGGGAUAUCUGUGGGGAGGAAUUAUAGGAACUGGAUCUUAUGGAAAAGUCAAGGAGGUUAUUGAUAUUUAUACAAUAACGAGAAGAGCCGCCAAGAUUAUGAAGUACGAAAAGCUACGAAAAAUCCCAAACGGCUGGGACAAUAUCCGCAGUGAAAUGUCGAUUCUUCGUCGCCUAAACCAUAGGAACAUCGUCAAACUGAUUGAAGUAUUCAAUCUACCAGAAAAAGGAAAAGUCUACAUGAUCUUCGAGUACUGUAUCGGUUCUGUUCAAAAUCUCAUCGACAUGGAACCAGCGCAUCGUCUAUCAAUCGGAGAAUCCCAUGCCAUCUUUUUGGAGCUGUGUCAUGGAUUAAACUAUUUACACUCGAAACGAGUGUCCCAUAAGGAUAUCAAGCCAGGAAACUUGCUGCUUUCCAUUGAUAUGACUGUUAAGAUUUGUGAUUUCGGUGUCGCUGAGCAGAUAUGCUUGUUUCAGUCCGACGGACGGUGCACAAAAGUCAACGGAACACCCAAAUUCCAGCCGCCAGAGUGUGUUUAUGGAAAUCAUGAGUAUUUUGACGGCUACAAAGUAGAUAUGUGGAGUGCUGGUGUCACACUGUACAAUAUGGUUUCUGGAAAGUAUCCAUUCGAGCAACAAGUGCUGCUAAGAUUGUAUGAAUCGAUUGGAACGAAUCCAGUGGAAAUGCCAACAAAUGUGGAGCUGAGCAAGGAUUUACAAGACAUAAUCAAACGCCUGCUAGACAAGGACUUCAACACUCGUCCGAACAUUUCCGAUGUGAUGCAACAUCCAUGGUUCCAGACAGGUUUCCCUGAAGACCAAGGUCUUGGAAGAAUCAUGGAACGAAUGAGAACUGGGGACCGCCCAUUCACAAUGUAUCCCUCUCUACAAGCAAUGUACGAUGGUGCUGGAAGUGAAGUGAUUCUGGAUGAGGACGGUAAUGAGCUCGUCCUGCCACCACCUGAUUUGGUUAAACGAGGUUUGAAAUUUUUUCUUGAGUUGAAAAUUCUUGAAAAUCUUCCAGGAACUCUUUCGCUUUCCUCAUUUCCCGGAUUUCAAACUCUUGAAAAACGUCCAGGCGACGGACCACCACCGUCGUCGGAUUCUGGAGUCGUAGCAGCACCGGAUUCAGCAUCUGGAGACCCACUGAGACGUCCGUCUUCAAGAUCAAUGCCAACUUCCGCGCCACCGAGACCACCGUCAGGGGCUGUUGAAGUUGUAGAAGCAGUGGCUGCCCCUGAAGCCGUCGUCGAGGAUCCAGUUGUUGAAGAAGCCCCCGCUCAGCAACAGGAAGCUCCAGAUAGAAGAAGACGUGGAAAACGAAGCCUAUUCUCGUGUAUUUUCCGAUCCAGAACUGAUAGCAGUUAG